CGUUUGGUGCGCAGAAAUCUGUGCGCAUUUUCUCCUGCAGAUGUUUAACAGCCACGCGGCUUACCGAGACACAUGUGCGGGGAAAACGCCAGGUCCUGAUCCUUCAUAAAAAUGUUAUCCUCUGGAAAAUCACAGGGAUAUGCAACAUCUGGGACUUCCGUGGGUAGUUUGCGUUAUGGGCAUUACUGACUUUAUGAGAAAUGCUCUAUGAGUUCUUCUUAUAUCCUCCUAAUAUGGGCCGCCUGCAACAAUCAGUUCAUUUUACAGAUUUAACACAUUUUCUUAUUUAUCAAUGCCUUUUUUUGCUGACUCAGUGUUUAAGGAGUCAAAUGAUUUAUCUUUAAUUAUGUUUGAAUAAAGACACAUAUGCUUGAUUUAGCCAUAUGACAUCUUAAUUAUGUAACUUGCUUACAUGCUAAAUGCAUCGCUGUAGAUGUUUCAGAUUACCAAAAUAAGUUUAAUGUCACACUACACAAAAACAACUGAAGUAAAUGCACGUGUUUUAUUUUUAAUUUUUUAAUUUAUUUUAUUUUUUCAAUGUAUUGCUUAAAUGACAAAGUAAAACAGUUCGCCAAGCCAGUCUGGUCCUGUGUGAAAACCAGCAGAAUAAAGAAAUUGCUUAAAUAGAACCAGUGUGAAGUAUGUUUAAAGAACUCUUAGUAAAAAUACAAAACAAAACAAAAAGAUCAUGCCCCCAUCUAAAGCAAGAGCAGCUGUGAAAUAUUCUGAAAGGGGUCUGGAAAUAAUGACACAGGCAUAAGACUUUGCAACUCUUAAAGCAGACAGAGGUGAUCAAUGAAUUCAUCAACGGUCUUUCCAGACUAACUGAGGUCAAUGACUUCCUUCUCUUUCAAUCAAGCCAUGAUGUCUUUUUUUUUGUCAACUCUGGGUGACAGUGGAAGAUUUCUAGACAACUUUGUUUAAUCUCUGUUUGAUUUAUGCUUUAACUACUUUUUCACGUUGGGUCAUUUUGUUUUGGACAACUUUUGUCCUUGAUGAAUGAAAUCAGAAUUUGAGAAUUUUUACAGUUGUUUUUGUUUACUUAUAGGCUAUCUUUGUUUGACUGUCUGAAACAUUUAAGUGUAACAAAAAGCAACUGAUGCUAUCAUAAAUGACAUUAAACCCAAAUAGCUUCCGUUGGUGAGUCUCUUAUUAAAACCUUUUGCAAGGCCUCGGAGUUUCCUGAAAGGAGUGUGGUUUUGGUGUGGUGAGGUAAUGACUUAUUUUAAGGUGUGGUACAGUCAUGUCAGUUCAGCUAAGGCCUCACACAUGCCUCAACAGGGGGGCUCUUUGACAGAGAGAUGAAUAAAAGCCAAUAAUGCUUUUGCAUGACGACAUCAUUUCAACACAGGUAGAAUUUGUCGUCACGGUAAAUAAUCAAACUUAACAAACCUUUAGUGAUGAAACUCAUCAUCAUCACACAUUUCGCAAGUUAAAAAAGUUUGCCCUGUUGUCAUUUGUACUUGUGAGUUUUGAAAUGACACUUUGGUCCACUAUUUGAAAAAGCAACACUUCAGAGCUUCAGAGAGAAAUGUAGACAGUGCAGGGUUGAAUGCUGGGGAAAGUAAAGUGAAGAGAUGGAAAAGCUGUAUUUUCAUUAAAGUGGCAUCAGGGUUGGAUUUGCUGCUAAGUAAGGUGUGUUAAACAGAUGCUCCAGCUGUGGUCCAAAUGCUACAAAUGAGUCCUAGUCAGCAAAAGAAAGGAAAUCAUCCCAGACCAGGUCAGCCAAAAACAACAGGGAAGAAGAACACAAUGUUAGGCACCAGCAGCAGACGCUGCAGGAACAGAGGAGUUGGCUAUCAUUUUUGAACUGCAUCUCCAGGAAGAAUAUGGACUGUGAAAAAAAUACACUCCAUUCAACUCCUUUUUAUCGCAAGAAAGAUAAUUAGCUUGAUUUGACCCCGAUGACAGAGAAACGUGUGCCAUUUCCGCCAAAAUGAAUUAAAAUAAAACAACCCCUGCUCGAGUAAGCGAGGGGGUAAAAACUAAACAUCUCCGAGUGGCAACAAAGAGUCCAGUUGCAAUCUGGAUCUAACACAGAAGGAACCUGAGGACUCUUUGGGGGCAUCUUUUUACCAACGUGCUCUGCUGCUGAGAAGCCAGGAGCUGGUGAAACUCUACCUCUGCAGUUUAAUAUUUAAACCCUGUCGAGAGUUUGGUUCCCCUGAGGCAUCGGGAUUACCUUGGCUUUGUCCUCCUGUAGCGUAGCAGCACCCAAACUGACCUGAGUCACACCGACAGAGAGCUCAGGACUCACAACCAGAUUUUUGGACUGAUCCAGCUCCAAAUGCUAUAGAGAAUCAGUAGAACAUAAGAACAGUGGUGAGGACCGACACACAUAAUGUACAUGAACACAUCUGGGACUUCUAGAAGAUCCUACUCCCUGACCUUCCUGGGAAAGAAAGUAGGGAGGCAUCACUCAGUGGCACCUGCUGGGAAGCAAAUUGCCUGGGAGACGACUAUCAGGUCGACGGAGGAGCCGGAGGAGCCGUCCCAGUCAGGCCAUGCCCCUGUAUCGGAGCAGGAUUUGGAAAACCUACCCGGGAGUGUACCUGAGUUAAAGGAGCGGAGGACAAGUCCAAGAUUUCCCAACUCACAGUUUCAGCAGUACGGAAACAUCGCAUCAGACACGCAUCGGCACAAAAGUCCAUGGAGGAGGAGGUGGGCUGCUUUUAGACGCUGGAUUGUUGCAGACAGGAGGAAAUGCAAUGGACAAGGCUCAUCAGAAUCUCAGCUGGGAGUUGGCAGUGAUGACAGAGAAGCUGCGCGCUCACAGGAACUCAAGAUUUACAUCCCCUAUGAGUCGGCUGAGCUCUGCAUCGCUCAGGAGCAAAGAGCUGAGAGGAGAAGAUGGAAAGAAGACACCCUGCAAUGGCAGAAAGAAAAAAUUGCUGAAGACAUGAAGACAAUGAAGAAGAGGCAUCUGCAAACAGUGCAGGAACUGGAGGAGAAUUUCCAGUUCACGGCUCAGGAGACACAAGAACGGAUCAUACAGAAGGUCAGAUCUCACUAUCAGAACAAACUGAACACUGUGAGGAGAUUCCUGGACCUCUACCAGGACAAAGUGGAGAAGACGAAGGCUGACCUGGAGAAGAACGUUGCAGAGCUGACUGCACACAACGAGCAGCUGCUGGAGGAGCAAAGAGCUGAGAGGAGAAGAUGGAAAGAAGAGACCCUGCAAUGGCAGAGAGAAAAAAGCAAAAUGCUGGAGCUGUUCUCCAGCAGGCUGGAUGCCCUGCACUGCCACCAGGCCUCCACACUGCAGGAGCUGCAGAUGGCCAGACAAGAAAUAGGGCAAGUCCAAGAAAUAUUGGUAGUAUCUUCAUCACAGGCGCAACAGGAAGCAGCAGAAGAUGAGGAGGGGUCAGACAAGAAAGAACAAACGGAGACAUGCAGUGUCUCAGAUCAGCCACUGGAGGGGGCCAACGCCCGCCUGGAGGAGCUGAAGGAGAGCCUGUACCAGAAGGAGAGGGAGCUCACUGAGCUCCUGGAAGCAGAGAGGAUCCCCGUCCCUCCUGUCCCACAGCCACACUGCAGCGUCCUGCUCCCCACCGUCAUAACCAAGGCCCAUGAAAUCUGCAGUGCAGUGCCAGAGUCGAGAGCUCUUUUGCACCAAAUGAUAGAAGACAAUCGGGUUGCUUUGGCUGAAGCCAGAGACAAACUUCAUCUGCAAACCGCUAAACAGGACAGCAAUGAUAAAGAGAAGACUCCCAGACAAGAGGGGUCAGAUGAGUCAAGUCUGUCUUUUCUGCAAGAGACAGUGAGGGAACAUGAGGUGUGUCAAAUUGCUUUAGACUACAUCAAAUCUGGGGAAUGCCCUGUAAUGAAUGAUUGUGAAAUGUCUGAGCUGGAGGACAUCCUGGGACAAGAGACACUUCCAACCGCACAGAGGACUGUAAAGGGGAUUGGCCACCAGCUUCUCCUGCUGCAGGAUCAGCUGAAGCGAGAAAAGGAAGAGAAGAAGAAGGUAGUUGAGAAUUACACAUCAGAAAGAGCAAUGAGGAAGAAAUAUUAUAACAUGGUGGAAGAAAUGAAAGGUAAAAUCAGGGUGUUUUGUCGAAUUCGUCCAGUGAACCGAAGUGAAGCUACACAAGGUGGGUCCGUUGUGGUGGCUAAAUUAGACGAUUACUCUGUCACUGUGGAAACCCAACGAGGGCCCAGAGAGUUUCAGUUUGAUAAGGUGUUCAGUACAGAGGCCUCUCAGGAAGAUUUGUUUCAAGAUGUAAACAGGCUGAUGCAGUCAGUCAUCGAUGGAUACAAUGUUUGCAUUUUUGCAUAUGGCCAGACAGGCUCAGGGAAAACUUUCACCAUGGUUGGGGACAAAGAUCAGAAGAACCCUGGGAUUAUGCCCAGAUCUUUUAACGGCAUAUUUGACAUCAUGCGCGAGAACGGCUCUAAAUUUGACUUCAAGGUUUCGGCGUAUAUGCUGGAGCUGUACAACGACAGGUUGCAGGACCUCUUCGUGAGCCAGGCGGGUGAGGCCCAUGCGCAGACACAACCCCAUGGCCCGACCAGGCGGGUGGAGAUCAAAAGGAACAGAAAGGGGGUUGUGUUCGCCCAAGGAGCAGAGACAAAGGAGGCUUCCAGUGCCCAGGAGCUUUAUGCUCUGUUCCAACAGGCUUGCGCCAAUCGACACAUCUCCGCCACCAAGAUGAAUGUGGAGAGUUCCCGCUCCCAUCUGAUUGUUGGCAUCAUGGUGGAGAGCAGGAAUCUGACUAUUGGGAGUGUCAACACCGGAAAGCUGAGCCUUGUAGAUCUGGCAGGGAGUGAAAGAGCAGCAAAGACCGGUGCCAAGGACCACCAGCUAAAGGAGGCAAACUCAAUCAACAAGUCUCUGAGUGCCUUGGGUGAUGUGAUCUCAGCAUUGUCUGCGGAGCUGCCACAUGUACCAUACAGGAACAGCAAGCUCACACAGGUUAUGCAGGACUCUUUGGGAGGAAAUGCCAAAACCCUCAUGAUUGUCAACAUUUCCCCAUCAGAAUACAAUCUGGACGAAACUCUCACAUCUCUCGUUUAUGCAACGAGAGUGAAGGCCAUAACUAACAACGCCCAGAGAAAUGUGGACAGUAAAGAGAUCGCCCAGCUGAAAGAGGUGAUCAUGAAGCUGAAAUCUGGACAGGCAGUGGAAGAGGUGGAUGUUUGAUAGGCUGUUGUUUCUGCACACUGUGUUUUAUCGGGCAGUCUUGUAAUCGCUGGCAUGUUUAAAAGGUUUAAAUGUUGGAUGAAGAUGGGCGUUCACAAGUAAGUCACAUUUUGCUUUAGAGAUUGAAAGCUGUUUGAAAAUGAAUGUUGGUGCAUUGAGCUAUAGAAUAAAGCUCCCACAGUUCAGGUUCUGUUUGUCUAAAGGAUGACAAAGACUUAGUGAUUCAUACAUGCAAAGGAUUAUUGUAUAUGUCUAAAAAACUGAAAGCAAAAAGCUCAUGUUGUGUUUCUUUAACAGUGAAUUUACAAGCUGAGACUGAAAACUCUAGUUUGACUUAUAAUAUGAAAGAAAAAGGACUGGAAAAGCUGUAGUCUAAAAUAAUAAACUUUGAUAUUAAUCUAUUAUAUCAUUUCAUGCACUGUGAUUUUAUUUAUAUCUUUACGUAUCCUGUUGGGAUUUUUGUGACAGACAGUUUUGUUUACAGAGACUUCAUG